AAUUGGAUUUUGGUGAGGAUGGCAAACGAGGUUGUUCUGUUGGAAACAUGGGCAAGCAUGUAUGGGAUCAGAGUUAGAAUUGCAUUAGCUGAAAAGGGUGUUAAGUAUGAAUGCAAGGAAGAGAAUCUGAGGAACAAAAGUUCUUUGCUUUUGCAGAUGAACCCUAUUCACAAGAAAAUUCCAGUUCUCAUUCAUAAUGGCAAACCCAUUUGUGACUCUGCAAUUAUAGUGCAGUACAUCGAUGAGGUCUGGAGUCACAAGGCUCCACUUAUGCCCUCAGACCCUUAUGAGAGAGCUCAAGCCAGAUUUUGGGUAGAUUACAUUGACAAAAAGGUGUAUGAUACUUCUAGGAAAAUGUGGCUUUCUACAGGUGAGGAGCACGAGACAUGGAGGAAGGAGUUAAUCUCUGUUUUUAAGCAAUUAGAAGAGACAUUGGGUGACAAGCCUUUUUAUGGGGGCGACACUUUUGGGUUUGUGGACGUUGGUUUGAUCUCUUUCUACAGUUGGUUUUAUAGUUUUGAGAUAUAUGGCAACUUCAAAAUGGAAGCAGAAUGUCCUAAACUUGUAGCUUGGGUCAAGAGAUGCAUGCAAAGAGAGACUGUGUCCAAAAAUCUUCCUGAUGAGAAAGAGAUCUAUGAUCAUGCUGAGGCAAGCAAGAAGGCACUUGAAUUGAAAUAAGAGGGAUUUCAAUGUCAUGAAUCAACCCAAUAAAAAUUUUCUUUUUAAAUAUGGUAUUAUAAGGUUUUAAUUUGUAUUCUCUUUUUUCAUGAAUAAUGAUUAAGAUCAUAGUUACACAUGCCAUUGCGGUUUCAAGACUUGUUAACGAACUUCCAUUAUGAAGAUCUCUUCAUGGAAUUUGUGGCUUUGUGCA